AUGUUUGUGAUGGGUGUGAACGAGAAAGACUACAACUACAAGCCCGUGUUCGACAUUGUUUCCAAUGCUGGCUGCACUACCAAUUGUCUUGCUCCCCUUGCUAUGGUUAUCCAUGAUCGAUUUGGAAUUUUUGAGGGUCUUAUGACCACCGUUCAUGCUAUCACUAGCAGAAUAUUAUUUACAGCUACACAAAACACUGUUGAUGGAGCAUCAACUGACUGGACAGGUGGUAGAGCUGCUUCCUUCAACAUCAUUCCUAGCAGCACCGGUGCUGCCAGGGCUGUUAGAAAGGUUCUUCCUGCACUCAAUGGGAAACUAACCGGAAUGUCCUUCCGAGUUCCUACCGUUGAUGUAUCCGUUGUGGACCUCACCGUAAGGCUUGAGAAGUCUGCAUCGUAUGAUGAGAUCAAAGCUGCUAUCAAGGCAGAGUCCGAGGGCAAGCUUAAGGGAAUUUUGGGUUACAUUGAAGAAGAUGUUGUCUCCACAAAUUUCAUUGGUGACAGCAGGUCGAGCAUAUUUGAUGCCAAGGCUGGUAUUGCUCUGAACGGAAACUUUGUGAAACUCGUUUCCUGGUAUGACAACGAAUGGGGUUACAGUUCCCGUGUGAUUGAUUUGAUCUUCCAUAUGGCAUCCACCCAAGCAUGUUGAAGUUUUUUUAAGGCC